GUUCUAAGAACGGUUCACAUCAAUAAAAUAACACUAUUGCACGUCAACAAAGUCAUUGCUGUGUCUAUAUAAGUCCAUCAAAUUAAUGGUUCUUUAGAAACCACUCCACCAAUUCACCUCACAUGGCCGCCACCAUCCUUCCCAUGUCGUCAACCCACGGCCUUGAAAACGAAUGCAAGGAAAUUCAUGAUUCUUCGGGGAGUUUGAACCACUUGAUCCCAUCUCUGGCUCGCAGAACCCAGCUUGAACGCCAGCAAAUCAGAGACACUUACAAAGCCAUAUACAGGGAAGACUUGAUAAGCCUUCUCCAAAGAUAUGAGGCUGCAAUUUCUCCCAUGAAAUCUGCAGCUUUCUCUCUGUGGAUGCUUGAUUCCCAUGAGCGUGAUGCUGUGAUAGCCAGAGAAGCACUUGAUGAGCAAGGUGAUGAUGCCAACUACAAAGCUCUUGUCGAAAUCUUUGUGGGUAGAAAAUCAGAUCAUAUUCACCUCAUGAAACAAGCCUAUCAUGGAAGAUUUAGAAGGCAUUUGGACCAAGAUAUCAUCAAUAUUGAGCCUCCCCAUCCCUACCAGAAGAUUCUUGUGGCAUUGGCUACAUCGCACAAGGCUCACCAUGCUGAUGUUAGCCAACAUAUUGCCAAGUGUGAUGCUAGAAGGCUUUAUGAAACAGGGGAGGGAGGCUCAGGAGCCAUAGAAGCUGUUGUGCUGGAAACACUAAGUAAGAGGAGCAUUCAACAGCUCAAGCUGACACUUUCAAGCUAUAAACACAUCUAUGGACAUGACUACACAAAGUCACUGAAAAGAGGAAACUCUGGGGAGCUUGAACACGCGCUGAAAAUGGUAGUGAAAUGCAUUUGCAAUCCACCUAACUAUUAUGCAAAGACAUUGUAUUUAAGCAUUAAGGGGGGAACAAUUGACAAGUGUUGCUUGGAACGUGUGCUGAUGAGCAGGGCUGACGUGGACAUGGACGAGAUUCAAAGGGUAUUCAGAAAAAAAUAUUGGAAGGAAGUUAAAGAUGUAAUUUGUGAGAGCAUUCCAUCUGGAGCUUACAGAGACUUUCUUGUUGCCUUGGCCACAAAAAACAACAUAAACUAGUGCCAUCUGAUAAUGACUUUAGCAAACCUUUGUUGAAAAAAGCAUUGUUUAAACUAAGUUUAUUCUAUAUUUUUCACUUUUUUUUGUUCUUCUCUAAGCAAUGUUCAAGUUAUACUUAACUGGGAAUAGUUCAGCUCAUAUCUAUAAAAAUAUCAAAGAAGAAUUUAACGUGGCCCAACAAGAUUCCCUAUGGCC